AUAUGGGACCGUACUCUACGCCUGGUCAAAAAUCCCCUUUAUGUGUGCUAUGUAUUGGGAACGACUGCCCGACUGUUUGCAGUGCUCGGGUAUAUGACAUUCAAAUCCAAAUACAUUGAGUCCGAGUACAAAACAUCGGCGUCUACUGCCAACCUAUUUUCCGGUAUAAUAGGUGUCGUGCCCACAGCUGCCGGUGUAUUCCUGGGAGGGCUGUUCAUCCGUAAGUUCCUUCCCGGGCCUCGAGUACUAACAGCUUUCGUAACAAUUGUCGAAAUGAUUGGAGCGAUGGGUCUGUUGUCAGCCGUAUUCUUGGGUUGCCCUCAGUCCCAGUUCGCGGGAACUACACUCCAGUCACAAUUUGAGUUACAGUCCCAGUGCAACUCCCGGUGCCAAUGUUCAACCAAAUUGUUUCAACCCAUCUGCGGUCCCGACAAUAUAACCAACUAUUUCUCGCCCUGUUUUGCCGGCUGUCAGUCACAGUCAAUCAAUUCAACAGCUAAUGUAUACUCAGACUGCGAUUGCUUUGAGGGAUCGGCAACCGAUGGCUACUGUGACACCGAUUGUGGCAAUAAUUUUCACAUUUAUAUCACACUUUUAGGCAUAAGUGGUAUAAUCGGGUGUUUGGCUAAAACGGGAAACAAUAUCAUAUCGUUUCGAAUCGUACGGAAAGAGGAUAAAAGUUUUUCCAUUGGAUUAAUGACUGUUUUCUGGUCUAUAUUUGCAUUCAUAUACCCACUGGUCUACGGAGCGGUAGCCGAUGCCUCGUGUUUGAUAUGGGAGUCCAGUUGCGGACAGGGAGGUCACUGUUGGGCGUACGACACGCCAACAUUCCGGCGCCGACUGCACGGCCUAACGCUCGGCCUCUACUUCGUCGGCAGUCUCUUCGACGUAAUCGUCAUAUUCUUGUCCUCAAGAAUCAAGAAUUUAUACGACGAUGACAUCGAUGGCGAGGAAUCGGACAGUUUGUCGGACACGACACUCAAUACAAUCGGUGUGGACAGACAUCUCAACCCAAAUGAUUAG